CGGGUCGGGGGGCGGCGGCCGCACCGGAGGCAUCAUCACCUGGCGCUGCGGCGGGGCGGGGGGCGGGGCGGGGCGCGCGCGGCGCCUGGCGUUGUCUGCGGCGCGCUGCAGCCCCGGGCGCUGGUUGGUGGUUUAAAGCAGCGGAGCCGCCGCCGCGAGGGGCGUUCAGAGUAGCGGGGGCCGCCGCCGCGCGCAGUGCUCGUCCGGCGGGGAGCAGGCAUGGAGGGCAAGCAGCAGCUGCCGCCGCCCGGCUCCGGCGCGCCGGGAGCCGCUGGCGAGGAGCGGCGCCCGGAGGAGGGCAAGGAUGCGGCGGGCGGCGGUGCGCUCGGCAGACCGCUGGGUCCCACGCCGAGCCAGAGCCGCUUCCAGGUGGACCUGGUGGCCGAGGGCGCCGGCCGCCCGGCCGAGGAGCCCCGCAAGGCGAGCGGGGAACGCGGUCCGGCGGGGAAGGGCAGCGAGGAAGCCAAGGGCAGGUUUCGGGUGAACUUCGUGGACCCGGCGGCCGGCGACGAGAGCCCCGGCGAGCCGGGGGGCGGCAGCUCGGAGGGCGGCAAUGUCAGCUUCCAGAACGGCGGCGACACGGUGCUGAGCGAGGGCAGCCUCCACUCCGGCGGGCACCACCACUACUACUACGACACCCACACCAACACCUACUACCUGCGCACCUUCGGCCACAACACCAUGGACGCCGUGCCCCGCAUCGACCACUACCGCCACACGGCCGCCGACCUGGGCGAGAAGCUCCUCCGGCCCAGCCUGGCCGAGCUGCACGAUGAACUGGACAAGGAGCCCUUUGAAGAUGGCUAUGCAAAUGGUGAGGAAGGCACACCAGCUGGGGAAGCAGCUGCCACUUACACACCUGAUAGCAAAGGGGUGGUCAAGUUUGGCUGGAUAAAAGGUGUAUUGGUACGAUGUAUGUUAAAUAUUUGGGGUGUGAUGCUCUUCAUCAGACUCUCAUGGAUUGUAGGACAAGCUGGGAUAGGUCUGUCUGUCUUGGUUAUUGGAAUGGCCACUGUUGUGACAACUAUUACAGGACUGUCUACUUCAGCAAUAGCCACAAAUGGGUUUGUAAGAGGAGGAGGAGCAUAUUACUUAAUUUCCAGAAGUCUGGGACCAGAGUUUGGUGGUGCCAUAGGUCUGAUUUUUGCAUUUGCCAAUGCUGUUGCAGUAGCAAUGUAUGUUGUUGGCUUUGCAGAGACAGUUGUGGAGCUGCUCAAGGAAAAUGGAACGUUGAUGAUUGAUGAAAUGAAUGAUAUCAGAAUCAUAGGGGCUAUCACAGUGGUUAUAUUGCUGGGUAUUUCUGUUGCUGGAAUGGAAUGGGAAGCAAAAGCACAGAUAGUCUUACUGGUGAUCCUUAUACUUGCUAUUGGAGACUUUGUCAUAGGAACAUUUAUUCCUUUGGACAGCAAGAAGCCUAAAGGUUUCUUUGGUUAUAAAGCUGAAAUAUUUAUGGAGAAUUUUGGACCGGAUUUCCGACAUGAGGAAACUUUCUUUUCUGUAUUUGCUAUUUUCUUCCCUGCUGCAACUGGCAUACUUGCUGGUGCAAAUAUCUCAGGUGAUCUUGCGGAUCCUCAGUCAGCCAUACCUAAAGGAACGCUGUUGGCCAUCUUAAUUACUACACUGGUUUACAUAGGAAUUGCAGUAUCUGUAGGUUCCUGUGUUGUUCGAGAUGCCACAGGGAACCUUAAUAACACCAUUGUUACUGAGCUGACAAAUUGCACUACUGCAGCUUGCAAAUUAAACUAUGAUUUCUCAUCCUGUCAGACAGGGUGUCAGUAUGGGCUGAUGAACAAUUUCCAGGUAAUGAGCAUGGUAUCGGGAUUUGCACCACUGAUUUCUGCAGGUAUUUUUUCAGCCACUCUGUCUUCUGCAUUAGCAUCUCUUGUGAGUGCCCCUAAGAUCUUCCAGGCUUUGUGCAAGGACAACAUUUAUCCAGGAUUUCAGAUAUUUGCUAAAGGCUAUGGGAAGAACAAUGAACCACUGAGAGGAUAUCUUCUAACAUUUUUAAUUGCUCUUGGGUUCAUACUAAUUGCUGAACUGAACGUCAUUGCUCCAAUUAUUUCUAACUUCUUCUUGGCCUCAUAUGCCUUGAUUAACUUCUCUGUAUUCCAUGCUUCUCUUGCAAAAUCUCCAGGUUGGCGCCCUGCUUUCAAAUACUACAAUAUGUGGAUUUCUCUUGUUGGAGCUAUUCUGUGCUGCAUUGUGAUGUUUGUCAUUAAUUGGUGGGCAGCACUUCUAACAUAUGUCAUAGUCCUUGGACUCUACAUUUAUGUCACUUACAAGAAACCAGAUGUGAACUGGGGAUCCUCAACGCAAGCUUUGACUUACUUGAAUGCACUGCAGCAUUCUAUUCGGCUCUCAGGAGUGGAAGAUCAUGUGAAAAACUUCAGACCUCAGUGCUUAAUUAUGACAGGUGCUCCAAAUGCACGUCCAGCUUUGCUUCACCUUGUCCAUGCUUUCACCAAGAACGUGGGCUUGAUGAUCUGUGGCCACGUACAUAUGGGUCCUCGGAGGCAAGCCAUGAAGGAACUGUCAACUGAUUUGGCUAAAUAUCAGCGAUGGCUAAUUAAAAACAAGAUGAAGGCUUUCUAUGCACCAGUGCAUGCAGAGGACUUGAGGGAUGGAGGACAAUAUUUAAUGCAGGCUGCUGGUCUGGGUAGAAUGAGACCUAACACUCUUGUUGUUGGAUUUAAGAAAAACUGGAGACAAGGUGACAUGAGAGAUGUUGAAACCUAUAUCAAUUUAUUCCAUGAUGCCUUUGAUAUUCAGUAUGGUGUAGUUGUCAUCCGCCUGAAGGAGGGCCUGGACAUUUCUCACCUUCAGGGCCAAGAAGAGUUACUGUCAUCCCAAGAAAAAUCUCCAUGUACCAAGGAUGUCAUAGUAAAAGUGGAUUAUAGCAAGAAGGCCGAGACAGACACUUCCAUAGCUUUUGCUCCAUCAUCUAGUGAAAGAACUCACACUCUCCAUAAAGAGGAGGACGAGGAUGGAAAGACUCCAACACAACCACUGUUGAAAAAAGAUUCAAAGAGCCCAUCUUCUCCUUUAAACUUGGCAGACCAAAGGCUUCUUGAUGCUAGUACUCAGUUUCAGAAGAAACAAGGCAAAAGCAAUAUUGAUGUCUGGUGGCUCUUUGAUGAUGGAGGUUUGACACUGUUGAUUCCAUAUCUUCUUACAACCAAGAAGAAGUGGAAAGACUGUAAGAUCAGAGUAUUCAUUGGUGGAAAAAUAAACAGGAUUGAUCAUGAUAGAAGAGCGAUGGCUACUUUGCUCAGCAAAUUUCGGAUAGACUUCUCGGACAUUAUGGUUCUUGGGGAUAUUAAUACUAAGCCAAAGAAAGAAAAUAUUGCAGCUUUUGAAGAAAUGAUAGAGCCCUUCCGACUUCAUGAAGAUGAUAAAGAACAAGAAGUUGCAGAUAAAAUGAAGGAGGAUGAACCAUGGAGGAUAACAGAUAAUGAACUUGAGCUUUACAAAACAAAGACUUAUCGCCAGAUUAGGCUAAAUGAGUUGCUGAAAGAACAUUCAAGUACAGCUAACAUAAUUGUCAUGAGUUUGCCAGUUGCACGAAAAGGUGCGGUUUCUAGUGCACUAUACAUGGCCUGGUUAGAAGCUCUUUCUAAAGAUCUGCCACCAAUUCUCCUUGUUCGUGGGAAUCAUCAGAGUGUUCUUACCUUCUAUUCCUAAGAGUACUGCACAUGGGACAGCUAUGAUGAAAUGGUACUUCAGUCCCCAGGGGAGAGUGGCUGACAUGGUCUAUAGUUUAUUAACAUCACAAAGGCAAAAAGUGACUCUUUCACUAUUUCACUGACUUGAAAGCACACAAGGAAAGUCACUGUAUUUCUAAAGUUGUGACAUCUUCAGUUUUAUUCUAUAUUUUCUGUAAUUUAAUCUUGCUUAAUGGGGGAGGAUUCCUUGUUAGACUGAAGAACAAGACAAGCUUUUUGUUUGCUAUUUGAAUAGCAGCAAUAAAAUUUUUAUUUUUGAUCAAUGAAAGGAUUAUAGAUUUAUAAAAGCCUUUUAGCCUUGAGGUGCCUUCUGAAAUUAACCAAAUCUCAUCCGUACAUCCUAUUUUGUAAAUUUAUAUAGAAUGUCAAAAUCUGCCUUCAACUAAGAGUUUAGAUUAGACUUCCUUUAGUUUCUAGUCUCUUCCAUAUUACAAUAAAAAUGAAUGCUGCUUUUCAGUCUUCCAUUGAGCUAUUAGUUCUUAGUACUGUAUGUUUUCUAUUGUCAGAAACUUUUUGGUUUUUUAUUAUUAUAUCUGUUAGAUUUAAAGGUGAGAAUUGGGGCAGGUCAGUUGAACUAAAACAAAUUCCUGAUGUUAUUGUCAAGACUUCAUGCUACUAAAUUUUGUAACAGUUAAAAUAAAAACUAAUUCUACUAGCAGAGAGGAUGGUUUUCUCAAAUUUGACAAUGUGUACUAGUUUGGCACUAGUCUGAGAUACACAGCUUACAUUAGCUACCUUGGUGAAGGAUACUGGUCAAUCUUUGCUCUGUAGCUCUGAUAUGAAACCAAAUUCAUCUUACUGGCUAAGGCUUUCUAUCUUACUAAAAAUUAGAAGAAGAGAAAAAGACCUGUCCUAGUUCUUGACCUAUUGUGUUUUGGUGUCACUUUCAAAUUAUUUUUAGACAAAACUCAACUUAAGGCUUGAAUGGGGAUAAUAUAAGCAAUGUGAUGCUAUCUAACAGAAAACAGUAAACACUAUGUGGAAUCUUGCUAUCCAAUAUGAAAUGUAAAAGCUACAGUUCUCUCGCAUUUUUCAACAAAUGGUUAAAAGGACCACUAGUUACUAGGGGAGAUGUUUUUAGGUCAAUUCAUUGAGUUGUCAGAAAAUACGUUUAGUCUUAUUAAAUAAUACUCAGGUUUGAUCGUCUAGCAAUUUAGAUCUAUUCCAUACAUCCUACUUUAUACAUUUUCUAUGUUCAAUAAAGAAACUGCCAAUCUUGUGUGCCCUUUCAUUGUAUAUUUUGAAAACUUCAUAAUUUAGUCUACUAUGAACACCUACACAAGCAAUUUCACUUGAGCCUUUGUAUAAAGGUUAGUAAUGUGAACUGUUUUUUAAAUUCCUAAUAUAUUUUGGAUAGGAAGGAUUGCCUAAAAACAUUUCACAAGCUUUUGAUAUUAGCAUUGGACAUGCUACUGGAUUGGUUUACCAGUGGUUGAGUGACUUUCAUUUAAGGAUGCACAGAAAAGGUGUAUUUUUAUGCUAAAUACAAGAUCAAAUUGAAAUGUAACUGUUCCUUUUGAAGGACAAAGCAUAAUCAUUGUGUGGCAAGGUAGAGCUUCAAGUUGUUGUGAUUAAAGAUAAAAAUAUUCUACACGGUGCAGUAUACACUGUUGUCUAGUUCUUGAUACACUGCAAAAAGUCUUUUUUUGCUGUUUCUGUCAAUUGGAUUUGAGACUAUUGAAUCAUUUAACUUUAAAAAAAAAUAAAACAAACAUGCAUGUUUUGCUGCUAAGUGUGAGAUAACUGAUGCCAGCAUGAACCCAGCUUGUUAUGAUAAACAUUAUAAGACAAGACAGUUUGCAGUAAAAGUGCUGUUUCCUUCCAGGUAGAGGGGGUGGGGAUCAAACUUACCAACGUAUCUAUAACAGAUUUUACAGUGUUUUUUAGGGUUAAGAAUGUCACAUUGUGAAUAUGGAAUCAUUGCCAUGUUUCUUCUUGUUUUGUGGGUUACAUUCUUUUGAACAGAUGAACAGUAAGGCAUGGACUUAGUGCUGCUAUCUUAAAAAAAAAUAAAAAAAUGUGCACAGGUACACUUAUUUAAAAGGUUUUUUGCCCAUUCAGGAAACCAUUGCUUGUGAUCUGUAACACAGAAACCAAAUGAAGUGUGUGUAUACAUGCAUAUAUGUGUAUAAAAUUAUAUAAAAUAUAUCUAAAUAUGCAUAUGGGGAUAGUUAAGAUAAUGUCUGUGAAAUAAUGUAGGAUGCUUUUCACAUGCACUCUCAGAAGUCCACUAAUGCUAGGCACGAGGUCAAGUUUCAAGAUUAUUUGCUACACUAAUAUUUCAACAGUUAAUGGUAACUGUUUGCAACAGAUGCCAGUUAGUGGCAGUCACUCCAACUUCUGCUUUGAUUUUGACGCCAAAUUUAGUUAUGUUCCAAUCAUUAUUAAUUACUUGAAAAAUGAAAUUACUUACACAUGGCAAUUCAUACCUUCUGUAGAUUAGGUUUCUUUGUAUGGGUUUAGAAAGACAGUAAUAGCUGGAGAAAAUCAAUUAUUUAUUUGUUCACUUAUAUUUGUAUUAGGUUUCCUUUUACAUACAUUCUUUUUAUAUGCUUUUUCUGACAUGACAUAUUUUAAAAUAACUGAAGAUAAUUUAAAGAUUUGAGCGUUAGUGGGUAAUGGCCCACUUGGUUUGAAGAUGUAAGAUUUGAUACUGUACUGUAACUGUCACACACAAAUGCUUUUCUAAUGUUUCAACGUAAUUAUUGCAGUUAAUACUUUGUACGAGGGGGAUGUCACUGCAAUAAAAGGAAGUGAAUUCAAUACAA